AUGCCGUUCGAAGAGGAACUCUUCCUCAGGACAAUAUAUGAGAGGGCGAGGUCCAUCUACUGCUCCCGUGCCAUCAUGACCACCUCCGAUGGCGUCUGGCUCAACGACAACCCCUUCCACUUCUCCCUGCCCAUCCUCCUCUUCCAGCUCACCGUCAUCUUCGUCGUCUGCAAACUUACGCACGCCGUCCUCCGCCGCCUCGGUCAACCCCUCAUCAUCUCUCAGAUCAUGGCGGGCAUCAUAGUAGGCCCUGAUAUGCUCAGCCGGAACCUGAAGUUUCAGUAUCUGAUCUAUGAGCCGCAGAGCUACGAGCAGCUCAGCAUCGUCGGCAUCUUCGGCUGCAUCAUGUACUUCUUCGUGGUCGGUGUGAAGGCGGACCUGGGGCUGAUCCCCAAGGUGGGCAAGAAGCCGGUGGCCAUCGCCUUGUUCUGCACCCUUCUUCCCGUCGUGUCCGUCUACAUCACGGCCACCGCCCUGAGGCACAAGAUCCCUCCCCCGAACUCAACCUCCUCAGCUCCAAGCUCGGCCGCCUCCUGCAUCAACACCUACGUUCUGAGCGUCAAGAUCGGCUCCCCGCUGAGGGGGUUGGAGGCGCUAUCCUGCCUCGCUGCCUUAGUGGUGAUCAUCAUGUUCGUCUUGAGGCCGCUGGUGCUGUGGCUCAUAAGGCGGACGCCGGAGGGGGCACUCCUGGACGAGGCCAGCUUCGUGGCGGUGCUGCUGAUGGCGUUUGUGUGCGCGUUGCUGGCCGGGAUCAUCGGGUACGACGUCUUCACGGGGCCCUUCUUCUUCGGGCUGGUGCUGCCGGGGGGAGCCCCGUUGGGGGCGACGCUGGUGGAGCGCAUGGACAGGAUGGUGAUGGGGUUGUUUCUGCCCGUCGCCAUCGUUCAAGCCGGGACGAGGAUGAGGAUGUUGCUGCUCACCGACACCUUGCGCUGGGGCCUCUUCGAACUCUUUCUGGUGAUCUGCGUGGUGUCCAAGUUCCUGGGCGUCAUCCUCCCCUGCCUCUACUGCAAGAUGCCGCACCGCGACACCGUCUCCCUGGCGCUCAUGAUGACCACCAAGGGCAUCUACGAAAUAGUGGCCGCCACGCUGUGGCAGGAUGACCGUAUUCUGUAUGACGAGGAGUACACCAUCACCCUCCUCACCGUCCUCGUCUUCGGCGGCGGCACCGCCCCCAUGGUCAAGUACCUGUACCGGCCGGAAGAUCGCUACGUGGCCUACAAGCGCCGCACUCUGCAGCACGCCAAGCCCGGGGACGAGCUCCGCGUCCUCGCAUGCAUCCACGAGCAGGACAACGUCAACACCGCCCUCGCCCUCCUCCAGGCCUCCGGCCACUCCCACGACUCGCCCAUCUACGUCUACGUCCUCCACCUCCGCCGUCUCAUCGGCCGGACCGACGCCGUCCUCGAUCCCCAUAAGCGCCGCAACGAGACCUUCUCCUCGGUCUCCGCCCUCUCGCAGUCCGACCACAUUGUGAACGCCUUCCGGCAGUUCGAGCAGCAGCACUCGGACGGCGUCUGGGUCCUCCCUUAA